UAGAGUAAUUACUGUUCUUUCCGUCAACUAGGGCACCCGAAUGCGGACUGGGCACCACAGCGCACCGCACACGCCCGCGUCCUCUCCCUUCUCCCUUCGGAACUCUUUCGCGGCUUGAGAGAAGAGAGAACAUGGCGGUACCAGGGAGGCGAAACGGUAUGCUGGACGAAGACGAAGAAGAACAAGAUGCUCUUUUUCAAGAAGAAGAAGACGACGACGACGUCGACGAACUUCUGGAAACCGAGUCCGACACGCCUCCGCACCUCCGUGACCUCGCCUCCGCCUCCGAGCUCGGCGACGUCGACGCCCUCCGCCGCGCUCUAGAUAACUUGAGUGGCAGCAUAGAUGAACCAGUGGAAGAUGGGGACACUGCUCUUCAUCUUGCUUGUCUCUAUGGCUAUCUACCUUGUGUCCAGCUAUUGUUGGAAAGAGGAGCUAGCUUGGAGGUCAAGGAUCAAGAUGGGGCAAUUCCUCUGCAUGAUGCAUGUGCAAGCGGAUUUACGGAGAUAGUUGAAGUUCUAAUUAACAGCACCAGCAAUCCAGAGGCCGUGAAGAGAGUGCUAGAAUCAGUUGAUGUUGAAGGUGAUACUCCUCUUCAUCAUGCGGCCAGAGGUGAACACGAAGAUGUUAUAGGAUUGCUACUGGCUGCUGGUGCUUCUCCUACAAAGACAAAUCUCUAUGGCAAGGCCCCAAGUGAGCUGGCUGAUCCUAAUACAGAAGCUAGGAGAAUUCUCGAAGCUGCUGCCAAUGCCAUGUAAUGCCAGUAGUUGAGGCCAAAAAAAGAAGAAGGUUGAAGAUGCUGAACUUGUUUUGAUGUUUUUUAAGGUAGGAAACACCAAAAAAUAAUAAUAAUUAAAGAAAUUUUUUUUUCAUUAGUUACCAGUUGAGAACAUAGGAGAUGGCUUCUCUGUGAUAUUUCUAUUACGGUUUUAAUACGUUGUUUUAAUACACAUAAGCUAGGAGAUGGCUUUUGUGUGAUACAUCUCUUACGGUUUUAGUACAUUGUUUUCUGUCUUAA